AUAUUAGUGAGCCUCAACUUAGACCAAGAACAUCCAAGAAACUCCAACUUUGAGGAGUUUCCUCAGUUAAACACCUAAACAUACUAAGAUAUUCAGACACAAGCUCACGAGAUUUUUCAUAUAUCAUCAUCUGAAAUGGCAUUACACUUGCCACUUCAGGCAUCAUUCUCCACCAGUGCCAGUGGUGGUUCUUCUUCUUCGUGCAGAGCCUUAUCCUUAUGUCUAUCUUUUAGUCAUCAUCAUUCACAGCCACUUGUUUUACAGCAUACAAGGAGGUGUAGCAGCUCUGUAGUUUUAGCUAAUAAAGAAGACACUGAAGUAGUGGUUAAUUCGAUACAACAACAAGAAUCGGAGUCUGAGCCUGACCCUGAUCCUCAGGACCUUGAAUAUGUCAACCAAAUCAAAAGGGUGUUGGAGCUUUUGAAGAAAAACAGGGACAUGCUCUUUAGUGAGGUUAAGUUGACGGUGAUGAUCGAGGAUCCAAGAGAUGUUGAGAGGAGAAGGUUGCUCGGGAUUGAUGAUAUUGAUGCCCCAACAAGGGAUGAAUUAGCUGAAGCAUUAGAAGAAGUAAAUGAAGGGAAGAUUCCGAAAGAUCGUGUUGUGCUUCAAAUGCUUGCAGAAGAAAUGAUGCAAUGGCCAAACUUAGAGGUUGAAAUAAAAAAGAAAGGACCGCGCAAAUCUCUCUAUGCUAAAGCCACAGAUACUGGGGUAGAUCCUGCAGUUGCCGCAAAGAGACUGAAGGUUGAUUGGGAUUCAGCUGCUGAAAUUGAUGAUUCUGAUUUCAAAGAUGAACGUGAUGUGCCUUCAGUUCUGGGAUUUGGAGCACUGUACUUGGUGUCAGCCUUCCCCAUCAUAAUUGGUAUAUCCGUAGUAUUAAUUCUGUUUUACAAUUCUCUACAGUAAUCUUUCAGCUCGGAUAGUUGGAUGUAUAUUCUGCAUGGCUUGCGAUUGCAAAGGGUUAAAAAAAAUAUCCCCCGAUCCCACUAAUUUUUGUAUAUUGUAAUAAUAGUGUAAUACGAUAAUUUCAUUUUGUGCCA